AUGUUUGUUUAUUUCUAUAAAGAUAGUAGUGAUCUUCAUUGGUCAAGUGCUGAAAAACCAAAUGAAAUCUAUUUAAUUGCACAAAAUAUGAAUGGAUAUUGGGAUGCACCUUAUCGUUAUCACCAUCGUAAUGGAUAUUUUAUAGAUAAGGGAAGCAAUGUAUGGGAAGAAUAUCAAAACAAUAGAAUCCAUGCAAGAUUUACAAGAUUUUAUGAUGAUGAUAAUGAUAAAAAUCAUGAUGGUUGUGAUAAUUAA